UUUAGAUUUUCUUUAUGAAAGUAUUAUCCGUCUACAUAAUGAAACUGAUUUGACCGGCACUCGUUUAUAUUUUAUGGCAGUAUUCACUAUACGCAGCGCAAGAGAAGAGUGCAAAGGAAAAAUGUCCUCUUAACUCCAGCACUUGUUUCACUGGUUUUGAACCAAAUAGAUAUCAGAUUGCUUUAAUCUAUCUGUUCAUUAAUUUCCGUAUUCCUUUUAGAUUGUGUCUCUGUAAGCAAUUACUCCGAACUUAAAGGACGGUCUGCACACCAACUGUUCGGUGUUUUGUUACUGCUAGCAUUUGGCAUCAACUUGUUUUUAAAGUUUCUCUUUUCAAAUCUCUGGUCAUGUUAUCCUUGCUAGCAAGGAGGAGUGUCACCUUAUACAAUCAGCAUCUUCUCUCCAGGACAUUCUAUCUCUGCUUCAAGACUCUCUCCACCCUUCCAACCAAAGACGUUGACGCAGCCUCGAGUUCUGCAUCCGUGUCACCUUCUGAAUACUCUACCAGCCUCCAUCUUUCUCCAAUUUUCUCCGACUUCAAUCAUCCCUCAACUGGGUUUGAUGUUGAACUUGUGGAUCAUGAUACUUGGCGUGUCUCAUCUGGGGUGGCACAAGCCUGGAGGGGACCUGCAUCAAGAGCUACUUCUUUUGGUUCGCAAGAGACCGAUGAAGCCAUUGAUGAUCAUGUUGAGGGUGAACUAGAUUUUGAGGAGAUAGAUAACAUGAGAGUUCGUGGCAACCUUUUUUAUAAGCUUGAGCGCAGCUCCAAGGAGUUUGAAGAGUAUAAUUUCGAUUUUCACAGGAAGAAAUCUUCCAAGAAAAAGGAGGAGGUGAAAAAAGCUACAACAACUCCAAAUUUGGGUUCCAAAGAUCACAAGGUUCCCAGAGUCGAUGAAUUGGCAAGAAGAAAAAGUGCCGUGCCCCGUGUGGACGAGAUCAAUGAUGGGCUUAGUGUGAACAAGAGGCAGAGGACUCCCACGUUUAACCAGCUUACGGGUCCUUACCACGAACCAUUUUGCCUGGACAUUUUCAUAUCAAAAGCCUCUGUUCGUGCUUGCUUUGUUCACAGGGUAACGAGCAAGGUUGUUUCUGUGGCACAUUCCAUUUCCAAGGACAUCAAGUUUGACCUGGCUUCUACCAAGAACAAAACCACUUGUGCGGCAGUGGGGGCAAUUCUCGCUCAAAGAGCUUUGGGUGAUGAUAUUCAUGACGUGAUUUACACUCCAAGGAAAGGAGAAAGGGUGGAGGGAAAGCUUCAGAUUGUUCUGCAGUCCAUCAUUGACAAUGGCAUCAACGUUAAGGUAAAGAUUAAGCAGAGACCCAAGAAACCAUUCAACCGCAUCACCUGA